CCGCCGCCCCGGGGCAGAUGAUGGGCGGGGGCCCGACCGCCGCGGGAGGAGCGCUGGGACAGCGACCACCCGGGCAGCACUUCCCUCCCGGGCAGAUGAUGCCGAUGCCCAACACCGGGGGACCAGGGGUUCUCCAUGACGGCGCCCCAACAGCCGAUCUACCAGAACGGACCGCUGAUGCAGCCGCCGGCCAAUCAGCAACCUCCGCAAAUGACCUCCAACUCGCCGCUACCCAACAUCAACGGGGAGAUCCAGAGCAUUCAACUGCAUCUGCAGAAUCUGAACCGCAUGCCGAACAGAGCGCCGGAAGUGGACCGGAAGAUCGCCGAACUGCAGAACCGGCUGAUCAUGCUGAACCGGCAGCAAGCGGCGGUGUCGGCGCAGCAGAACAUCCGCCCGUCCUUCACCCCGCCGACCGGCGCCCCGCCGCAACCACCUCCGGGGGUUCCAACCGCGAUCAGUCAGAGUAUCCCGGUGCCGGCAAUCCAUCCGCCCUUGCGGCCAGUGGUCCCGCUGCCGCCCAUGUCGGUGGCGAUGGGCAUCGACCAGCCGCGUCCACCUCCGCCGCCGGUGCUGCAGAACGGCUAUCCCAACGGGCACCCGCCGAAGGAGACCGCCGCGCCCCUCCCGCCGCCCCUCUCGCCGCCCUCCGGCCCCGCGGAACCCGUGGCCGAGAUGAUCUCCAGUCAGGACACGGACGACGAGAGCGCCACGAACAAGUACGCCACGCCCAAGAAGAAGCGCAAGAGCGGCGGCUCGUCCAGUCGCAAACGCAAAUCCCCGUCGACGGCCAGCAAGACCCCGCCCGAGGGCGGCGGCACGCCGUCAAAGGCGCGCAACCGCAGUGCGCCGAAGAGCCAGCAAAAGUCCAAGAGCCAGGCCAAGGCGGCGUUCCAGUUCGGGCGCAAGAAGAAGAAGAAGCGCGGCUCGGACGACGAGGGCGACGAUCUGGACGCCACGCCGCCGCCGUCGCCGUCGGUGGUGGAGCCGGAUUUCGACGGGAACUACGUGGAGAAGCGGCGGUCGGCGCGCGUGACCAAGCGGAAGAAGUACACGGAUGAGGGCGACAUGGACAUGUCGGACCUGGAGGACCGGUUGCCGCCCAAGCGGAUGGCCGUGCCGAUGGAGGAAGCGGUGGUGGUGAUGGAAGAGGAGAGCAACGGCGGCACCGUCGACCCCUAUCCCAUUGAACUCUUCGAGCCGACCAGGCGCUUUUUCGUGCAACCAGGCGACCCGGACCCGGUGGUGGUGGAGAAGAUCAUGGCCAGCCGCACGGGCAAGCGGCCCGUCGCCAAACCCGAAGAGGAAGAGACCAAGGACGCCGACGCGGAGAAGGAGACGAAGGAGGCUGCGGAAGGCGGCGAGGAGGCCGCCAAGACGGAGGAAGUGAAGCCGGAGAAGGCGCCCGUGGAGAUGGAGGAGGUGGAGGAGUUGUACGUCAAGUUCAAGAACUACUCGUACCUGCACUGCGACUGGAAGACGGCCGACGAGCUGGAGGCCAUCGACAAGCGCAUCAAGCAGAAGAUCACGCGCUACAAGCAGCGCAAGGAGAACGCCACCUUCAUGGAGGACAACGACGACGAGCCCUUCGACCCCAACUACACGGAGGUGGACCGCGUGCUGGACGAGCGCAUGUUCCCGGACGGGGACGACUCGCACAAGAUGCGGCGCUACUUCCUGAUCAAGUGGUGCGGUCUGCCGUAUGAUGAGUGCAGUUGGGAGGUGGAGGAGGACUGCGAUAGUAAAAAGAUCGAGGCCUACCGGCACAGGCAGAUGCCGCCGCCCCCGGCUGAACGCAAGCGCGUGAAACGGCCGAGUGCGCGCGAAUGGACCAAGAUGGACAAGGCCUCCGUGUACAAGAACGGGAAUAAUCUGCGCGACUACCAGCUGGAGGGCGUCAACUGGCUCCUCUUCUCCUGGUAUCACGGGCAAAACUGUAUCCUGGCUGACGAGAUGGGUCUGGGGAAGACGGUGCAGUCGACGGUGUUCCUGGAGCACAUCCGGCGCUACGGCAUCCGCGGUCCCUUCCUCGUCGUCGUCCCGCUAUCGACCCUGGGCAACUGGACGCGCGAGGUGGAGACGUGGACGGACAUGAACGGCAUCUGCUACCACGGCGGGUCAUUAGCGCGGGAAGUACUGCGGGAAUACGAGUUCCACUUCCGCAACGAGCGCGGUGGGAAGAUGCCGAACCUCUUCAAGUUCAACAUCUUCAUCACGACCUACGAGAUUCUGCUGUCGGAUCUGGAGGAGCUGCGCGAGAUCGAGUGGCGCGCCGUGAUCAUCGACGAGGCGCACCGGCUGAAGAACAAGAACUGCAAACUGCUGGAGGGCCUCAAGCUGCUGGAUCUGGAGCACCGGGUCUUGUUAACCGGGACGCCGCUGCAGAACAACGUGGAGGAGCUCUUCAGUCUCCUCAACUUCCUCGAACCCGACCGCUUCUCCAACGCCGAGGCGUUUUCUUUAGAUUUCGGCAAUCUGAAGACGGACGAGCAGGUGCAGAAGCUGCAGCAGAUCCUCAAACCGAUGAUGCUGCGGCGGUUAAAAGAGGACGUGGAGAAGUCCAUCGCGCCCAAGGAGGAGACCAUCAUCGAGGUGGAGCUGACCAACAUGCAGAAGAAGUGGUACCGCGCCAUUCUGGAGAAGAACUUCACCUUCCUGCAGAAGGGCAGCGCCUCGGCGAAUGUGCCGAAUUUGAUGAACACGAUGAUGGAGUUGCGGAAGUGCUGCAACCAUCCGUAUUUGUUGAACGGCGCGGAGGAGUCGAUUAUCGAGGAGUUCACCUCGCAGCAUAAUCACCACAGUGACGGACAGGACGCGGAGCUGCUGAUGCGCUCGCUGGUGCAGUCGUCGGGCAAGCUGGUCUUGAUCGAUAAGCUGCUGCCGAAACUGAAGGACGGCGGGCAUAAGGUGCUCAUCUUCUCGCAGAUGGUCCGGUGUCUGGAUAUCCUCGAGGAUUAUUUGGUCCAGAAACGAUAUUUGUUCGAGCGGAUUGAUGGACGCGUGCGGGGUCCGGAGCGGCAGGCCGCGAUCGACCGUUUCUCGCGCGAAGACUCGGACCGUUUCGUCUUCCUGUUGUGCACGCGGGCCGGCGGUCUGGGCAUCAAUCUGACGGCGGCCGACACCGUCAUCAUCUUCGACUCGGACUGGAAUCCCCAGAACGAUCUGCAGGCACAAGCGCGUUGUCACCGCAUCGGGCAGGACAAACCGGUGAAGGUGUACCGGUUGAUUACACGCAACUCGUACGAGCGCGAGAUGUUCGACAAGGCCAGUCUGAAGCUGGGACUGGACAAGGCGGUGCUGCAGUCGGGCCAGAUGGCCGGCGGCAGUGCUAACGCCGCCUCCGGGGGCAAGGAGGCCUUCGCCGCCUCGCAGCAGCAGCUGAGCAAGAGCGACAUCGAGGACCUGCUGAAGCGCGGCGCGUACGGCGCGCUGAUGGACGACGACAACGCGGCGGACCAGUUCUGCACGGAGGACAUCGACCAGAUCCUGCAGCGCCGCACGCAGACCGUGCAGCUGGAGGCCGGCGAGAAGGGCUCCACCUUCUCCAAGGCCAGCUUCGCCGCCACCGGCACGCGCGACGACAUCGACAUCAACGACCCCGACUUCUGGCAGAAGUGGGCCAAGAAGGCCGAGGUCAACACUGACAAGGACGUCUUCGAGAAUGAGCUGAUUAUCCACGAGCCCCGCCGGCGUCUGCAAGUGCGCCGCUACGGCGAAGAGCAGGAAGAGGAGAUGGUGGAGGAGGCGUCGGAGGACGAGGAGGACAGCGACGACGACAGCGGCAGGCGGGGCCGCGGACGCCGCGGGCGGAAGGGCGCCAAGGGCAAGGAGAAGGACGACGCCAUCCUGCCCGGCUCCUGGAACCGCAUGGAGUGUCUCCGGCUGGAACGGGGACUGCUCACUUGGGGCUGGGGCCGGUGGAAGGAGAUUAUCGAAGACGUGGUGUUCAAGCGGAAGUUCACGGAGAAGGACGUGGAGUUGUUCGCGCGGACGAUGAUGCACUACUCGUGCAAGCACUACACCGGCAGUGACGAUAAAGCUAAGCCCUACGUCUGGGACAUGGUGCUCAAAUCCUACAAGGACGACUGGGCGGCGCGGCGCGCCUUCCAGCAGGAACAAGCGGCGGUGGCGGAAGAAAGCGGCGCGAGUCGCAACGGGAAGCACAAGAAGCGGUCGACGCGCAAGGCGGACAGUCCGGAAGCGGACCGCGAGCUGGAGAACGGCGAGAUGCCCGACUGGGAGAAGGACGAGCGCUUCGAGCCGGAGAAGCUGCUGGACAAGGGCUUCCUCAAGCACAUGAAGAAGCACUCCAUCAAUCGGCUGGUGCUGCGGCUGAAGUUGCUGCAGAACUUGAAAGAGGAAGCCAUCCAGGAUCUGGGCGAGCUGAUCAUGGCCGACACGCCGUACCAGGAGAUCCCGCUGGAGAUGCCGACGGCGGACGCGCCGGUGGACAAGCCGGUGGACUGGUGGGACGAGGAGUCGGACAAGUGCUUGUUGAUCGGCAUCUUCCGCCACGGCUUCGAGAACUACGGGACGAUGCGCAACGACCCCGGACUGUGCUUCCUCUCCAAGUGCGGCCCGCAGGAGGCGCCCCUCCCGCUCGAUCUGCCCAAGGGGAUCCUCGAGGAGGCCGACGGCGAAGCUGAAGAAGCCCGCGAAACGGAGAGCACGGACGAGCCGGAAACCGGCGCUACGAAGCGCAAAACACGCGAGGCCACCGCGAAGGAAGCCACCGCCGAAAAGGAGGAAGCCGCGGCGGAGACGGACGGCGCGGAAGUGAAGAAGAAGCCGGGACGCGGGCGGAAGCCGGCGGCGGCCAAACGGCAAGCGGCGGCCAAGAACGGCGAGCCGGCGUUCCCGCUGGACUCGGAUCUGAACACGCGCGUGCGCCGCCUGAUCCUGGCCUUCGAGAAGCGGCGUCUGCGCUUGGAGCAGCUGGAGCUGAAGAAGCAGCAGCGACUGGAGCGCCAGCUGCAGCUGGAGAAGGAGCGCGAGGCGCGCAAACUGGAGCAGCAGCAGAAGCGCUGGACGAAGCGCGAGGAAGGGGAAUUCGCGCGGACGAUCGUCAACUUCGGCGUGGAGUACGGCGAGAGUAAAGACACCUUCCUGUGGGAUCGCUUCCGGGAGUUGUCUAAACUGGAGAAGAAACUGGACUCCACGCUGUCGGAUUACUACACGGCGUUCCACGCCAUGCUGAAGAAGGUCUGCGGCAAGAAGAUCUCCCACGAAGAAGACGUGUUAGCCGACCAAGUGGAGCAGUUGUCGGAGGAGCGCGCGGCGCGCUGUCUGCAGCGCGUGGAUCUGCUGUACCGCAUCCGGAUGCUGGCGCUGAAGCAUCCCAAACUGGACGAGCGCCUCAAACUCUGCCAGCCCUCGCCGGACCUCCCCGACUGGUGGAUCUGCGGUCAACACGACCGCGAGAUCCUCGAAGGAGCCGCGCGGCACGGUUUGGCGGACACGGCGUGCAACAUUGCCGUGGACUGCGACUUCUCCUUCGCCGAGAGCAUCAAGGCGGCCUUCAAGACCAAGGACAAGUCGCCCAGUCCCAAACCGGAAGUGGACAACGGGGAAAAUACGGAAACGGACGCCGGUGCGGAAGAGGAGAAAGCGAAGGACACGGAAAUGGACGAGCCGGUCACGGGAGAAGAAAAACCGGCUGAGGACGAAGUGAAGCCGGAAAAGGAGCCGGAGUCCGACCCCGUCACAACGGAAGGGGAAGAGCCGUCUUCCAAAGAGGAAGAACCCGUUAAGGAAGAAGAGAACGAGAAGAAAACGGAGCCGGAAGAGGAGACCAAGCCGGAAGUGAAGGUGGAAGUCAAGGAGGAGGAAGAGAAAGUCAAGGCGGAGCUGGACGACGGCGACCGCCCCGGGGAGUUGACCGUGGCGCAGUUGUUGGCGCGCGGGAUGUGUGCGCAGGGAUGGCCACGGGAUCGGCUCAUCCAGGCGCGUCUGGAGCACAUCUGUUACUGUAUUGAUCAUAAUCGCUGGCCCAGCAAACGAACCCAAGCGGCCAUGGCCGACAGCAUCCUGGACGAGUGCAGCACCCCGCCGCCGCCCGCGGUGGUCGUCCAGCCGCCGCCCGCGCCCCCGCCCGCGGUGACGGUGCAGCAGCAGCUGCAGUUCAACCCCGAGAACUUUUUAGACAACCCCGACUUCGCCAUGCUGGCCGCCGCCGGCCACAUCCCCGGACUGAACGGCCUGGAGCCCCGGCGGGGGCGCCGCGGACGCCGGCCCAAGGCGGAGAUCGAGGCGGAACGGCUGCAGCAGUACCACGCCGCGCAACAGGCGCUGCUGCAGCAACAACAGGCGUUUCUUUCGGCGGCCACCGCCAAUGCGAAGCGGCUGCGGGCGGGGCACGAGGAGCGACGGGAGAAGGGGAAGGAGCGGGAUAGAGACAGGGACAGGGAGAAGGAGCCGCAGCGGUCACCCAAUCGGCUGGGACCGCCGCCCGCCCACGGGCGCAGCAGUAACAACAGUCUGGCGCCGGAGAUGGAGGGCGUCCUGGAUUUGACCGGGAAGAGCAAGGCGUCCACGGCGUCCCCGGCCGGCAGUCGCAAGGAAGGCGCGUCCGGCGAGAAAGGCUCCAAAUUGAGUCAAAAGGUGGACACGUUGCUGAAGAAGCGGCGCCAGGAGGCGGAGCACACGCAGCACAACGCCUUCGACCCCGACAGCCGCGUGCCGGUGAUCAACAUGCGCGACGGCAGCGUGCUGCAGGGCGACAAGGCGCCGCGCCAGAAGGACCUGGCCGACUGGCUCAUGAAGAACCCGCACUACGUCGUCGACACGCAGGCCUUCCAGAUUCCCGGCCUCACCUUCCCCGACAUUUUCACCAACGGCGUGUCGACAUCGUCGAAACGCAGCGCCGCCGACGACUUUGCCGCGGGCAGCUCCCGGGGCGGGGGCGCCGGCGACACGGGCCUGCACCUCACCGGCGAGGAGAACGUGACGGUGAUCCACCGGAAGUCGGGGAAGAAGAUCUCGGGCCGCAAGGCGCCGCAGCUGAAAUCGCUGGCGGAGUGGCUGGAGACCAACCAGGACUACGACAUCGACCCGGCCUGGGCGGCCAUCCUGCGCGAGCAGGGCGCCAUGUCCGCCGCCCCGCCGCCGCCCUCCGGGAAGGAGAAGCGCGGCCGGAAGAGCGCGGCCAGCAGCAGCAGCGGCGACAAUCUCGCCGGCAGUCCCGCGCCCAACCUCUUCGCCGCCGGCAACCCCUUCGCGCCCGGCUUCCCGCUGGGCGGGGCCUUUCUGCCGGGGCUGGGCUCGCGCUUCCCCAUGCCCUUCCCGGGACUGCCCGGCUUCCCGCUGUCCAGUGCGCUGAUGGGGAUGCUGCCCGGGAUGCCGGCCGACGGCUCCAUGGUAGAUCACUUGCAGCUGUGGAAACUUUGCGAGAGCGCGGGUACUGUGAAAGGCGAAUCCUCCGGGAAGAAGGGCGACGCGGCCUCCACCCCGUCGUCGUCGUCCUCCUCCAAGACCCGCGAGCGGGAACGCGACCGGGAGCGCGACCGCGAGCGCGACGCCCCCACCGCCGGCGGCUCCGCCUCCUCCUCCCGCAAGAGCAAAGCCGAGAAGGACAAGGCGGAGAAGGAGCAGCAGCAGCAGGCCGCCGCCCUGGAGAGCAUGAUGCAGUCGCAGCUGCCCUUCAUCUUCCCGCAGGCCGGAUUAUUCCCGGGAUUUAAUCCCUUAUUCGCGCAGGCCGCCGCCGCCGGCUUCCCGGGCUUCCCCUUCCCCAUGGGGCCCGGCCCGCUCCUCAACGGCUUCGAUCUGCCCACCGAGAAGACCCCGCCGACCAAGGAGAAACGCGGGAGAGGCACCACGGCCUCCCCCGCCGAGUCCGCCGGGUCCGCGCGCACCCACCGGGAACGCGACCGGGACAAGGAGGAACAACGGUCCGUCGGGCGCCCGCGCGGCCGGCCUCCGCGGAAUCGCGAGCGGGAGGAGACACCGCGGGAGGAGUCCCGGAAGGAGCGGGAGCGGCGUCGGCUGGAGGAGGCCGCCGCCGAGGAGGAGGCCGACGAGGAGAUGGCGGAGAAGGCCGCCGACGAGUGAAGUCUUUCCCUUUUCGUGUUGGUCUGGAUUGGAAGCCCUUUUGUUCAUCCCCCUGGCUGAUCUCAUGGUGAAUGUGGAGACUGGAAUGAGAAUGCGCGUUUGUGUCGCGGCGGAAUCAAUUUGUCUUCGGACUGUGUUUGACGGGAGGAUCGGAACUCUCACAGGGAGAGGUGACGAGUGUUCUCGCGGGUUUUUUUACGGAUGGCUUGUUUUUAAUCUGUUUUUGAGGCGGGUGUGGUUGCAUGGAUGACUAAUGGAUAGAGAAAGCUGUUUAAGCGGUAAUGAUUGGUAAUUGUUUUUAGACAGACGGGAAAUGGCUUGAUCGAUUUUGUUAUUAAAUAUUAACGUGAACGG